CUUUCAUCUUGGUGCGUGUAGUUCUUGAAUACCUUUUGCGAAAAGAAGAGAAACUACAAGAUGGCAGGUUCCAUAGACCUCGUCUUUGCUCCGCCUGAUCAUAUCGGCGGAGCUUCAAAACGAAGCGGGAACCACGAACUGAGUAUCGAUGACCGCAGGGCGAAGGACGCGAAGCUGUACCAACAAUUAAAAGACAUCGAAUCCAGUGUGAAAGAUCUGAUACCUGGCAUGAGCUUCUCCGGCGAAGCGGACGAUCUUUUCUCCGCCGAUCUCCGCCGGGACAUGAAGGAAAGUGCAGGUCUGCAUCAAAAGGAGCUGCAGAAGGACGAGACCACUGGUGCAGCGGCCAAGAAAUUCUAUGCGGUGGAUCAUCUGGACGAUUUCGAGUCACAGUUCGGAUCGUCAAGGCUGCAGGAGGGAGGCUCCAGCAGCAGUACGGCAAGGCAUGUUGUGCCAAGUUCUUUGUCAUCUUCUUCCAAAAAAGACAAGAACUUCCUCUUUUUCGACGACGCCUAUGGCGGUCCACACGCGUCUCCCGACCAGGACUCGGCGAAAAUGUACGAUUUGGUCGAAGAGCCCUCCCCUGUUGCGGUGCUCGAAUCCGAGGGCGUGAACGUCCGCGCGCGGGGUCUGAUGGGGCGGCAGACGAUCGAGUCCCGCGUAUGCUGUGUAAAAACCUCGCCACCCCAGAGUUGUCAUGCAAAUGCGCAAUGGCAGGAGCAUCUGUAAUGCGCACGCCCAUGAGAGGCAUUGCCAAUCGUGUUUUGGCAUUUCUAAUACUGUAAACAGAAUGAGAAAAUGGCUUUCCCAUGCGGCUUCCCUUGCUAAGCAGCACAACGCUGCAGAUGAACACUUGUAAUGCACAACUCCCAAAACUUGGAGAUUUGUGUUGUAGAUAUACCAACUUGACUAGGGGGUGGGGACGUUUUUGCUCAGCAUAGCGCGCCAGGUUGCUGAUGAUCCGGAGACAAACGUUGCUCGCCCACAUCAGCUACUUGGACCGAAACCUCGAAGCGACGAUGACAGCUUUGUUGAGGACGAUAUGCAUUGCAAAUAUGUCUGGGUCUGGAAGAGCGUCACUUGUCAUGCUACAUCUGGAUCGUGGAAAAAUUUGUGUUGCGUGAUUACCAAAAGAGGUCGACUUUUGAACCAGUUUGGAGGCAGUUUCUCAUGCAGGAUAGGCAUGAUAGAGAUCUCACUGAACCUGUCAUGCUAGGCCGUGCAUGCCAGAGCGCGCGGGUCAUGGAAAACCUGCAUGACAAACCUAGCAAUCUUCCAGACCGAGACAUUUUUGCAUUUCAUAGACGAAUCCGGCUUACAACAACGAUCCAAAGGAGCUGGCGGAUAGGGGGAUUUCUUUCUGUAUCGAGUACGACAAAUUGUCCGAGCAGCAACGAGCAGAUUUAGCGGAGCAGGCCCCGCAGAUCGAGGAGGUGUGUAAGUCCCUACGGGCGUUUUGGGAACAGACGUGCAGGCUGUGCGAACUGAUGCAGUGGAAGUGGCGGAUGUUGCAGCAGAUCAUGCAGCUAGAAGCGGACAUCGAGAAGGCGAAUCAGACCGCGCAGUCAGCGAGGCACUUGCGGGGAAUGUAUUAAAAUGUUUCAGCUUGUUUUUUUUGUUCUGCAAGUGUUGAAAUCAGAGUGCAUUGUUACCUGGAAGAUGGCACUUCUAGAAAUUUGUGGCACUUGUAUUUUUUGUACAGCACAACUAUCGAAUGAUCAACAGCGCCCGCCCCCGGACGAGAGAGGAGGAGGAAACCAGGCACCGCUACAAGGUUCUGAUGGACAAGUUCGACGAUUUUUCCACCAUCAUUCGCUUGGUCCAGAUGAAUCGCAUUGCCGAGCCGGAUGUGACGGUGUUGGGUGACCGCGACCAGGAAAAAACGUUGAAUCAAAUGCGACUAUUAGAAUCGAGACUGGACAUCAUGACCAUGCUGCAAGACGCCGGGCAGGAGCUGCGGUCGGUGGAUAUGGAGACGAACCGGCUGAUUGGACUCAGGCACGUGAUGGACGAAGAGACGAACGACUUGGACGCGAUGCGCGGGCCCAUGAUCUCGCCGGAAGAUCGGAAAUACAAGGUACUGAUUUCAGAAUUUUCAUUAUGCCCCGCUGUGUGAAGAUCUGAAGCGAAUUUACCAUGCGGUUAGCACCAUGACAAUGACCAUUGUGAUUGUCUUCAAUCGCAUUACAAACACAACUCAUCAGGUUCUCUCCAACAUUGGUGUCCGCGCCAAGAUCGAACCGGUGGAAGAGAUGUACGAUGUCCGCGCGCGGGAAAUGACGCUGAAGUUGAAGCAUUUGGAAGAACGGAGAAAAGCGCUCCUCGAGGAGAUCGACGAAUUAAACCGGCAGUACACGCUUCUCCACGCGUAUCCAAGAAAAAAACUGUGUCAAUGUAACUUUCCUUGGCUGAUAGCAUCACAAAUUUGCUCUACAUGACAGCGAAAACCUGUCAUGCGUGGCUUGUAAGGGAAAACACACAUGAAAAGAGGACUUUAUGGCUGUCUGGCAUGACAGGCGUAACUCUAUUGCAUGCUUUGCAUUACAAAGUUACACUUACACAGUUUUUUUCUUGCAUAACGCGCAACGAACCGAGGUCGAACGGGAGUUGGGCGACACGCAGGCGUUGCGGUCCAAAUCCUUGCACCAUUCCCUCGGUCUAGGGGUAUGACAGUGCACAACUCCCCGUCCCCCUCAUUUGUAUGUCAAGAACAGCAACACAAGCAACACCAGCUAUGUGGCUCCCGCAUGACAAAUCCGGACAUGGAUUGUAGUCCUGUUGGAGCGUCCAAAACUUGUCAUGCGCAAAGUGCUGAAAGGCAAGAGGUUGACUCGGUAUUUUGCAUUACAAAUGAAGGGGAGGGUGGGGAGUUGUGCGCUCUCAUAAGGGGCGGCGCACAACGUGAACGAGGUGGCGGAAAAAAUAAUGAUGGGUCCGGACCUGCAACUUCCAGGGAAGGAAUCCCAGCUGGAGUUAUGCAAUGCAAAAGGAGCAUCGUACUAGUAUAAAUUGCAUCACAAAUUUCGUUAGCAUGACAGAUGGAAUUUGUAAUGUUGUUUUGGCUUAGGAAGGCGAUUUGUCAUGCAUAUCUGCAGUUAGUACGCUACGAGUACGAUAUUGCUUUUGCAAUGCAUAGGAGUCCAUCGCGGUCGACUUGCAGGGGCAAAGAGAGGAGAUGGCCAAGUUGAUCGCGGCGAGACAUACGGAGUUAAGGCAAGUGGUGGACAAAAAAACCGCGGUGGAGGACAUGUUGCGGACACAUCGCAGGUAUGCAUUGCAAAUAUGUGUGCGUCUGGAAGGUUGGAACUUGUCAUGCCAAAUCUGAAUCAUGUAGAAAUCUGUGUUGCGUGAUUACCAAAAGCUGUCCACUUGUGACCUAAUCGAGACGCAGUUUCUCAUGCAGAAUAGGCAUCGUGGAACUAUCCCAGAAUCUGUCAUGCUAUGUCCUACAUACCAGACCUCAUGGGUCAUGGAAAACCCGCAUGACAAGUCUGGCACUCUUCCAGACCCAGACACAUUUGCAGUUGAUAGCAGGCAGGAGAUGCCGGAAUUAGAUUUGGAGAGUCUCUUGCCGAAGUCCGCUUUAGAGAAAGACGGUCUGGACCGGUAUUUACAUAGGAAAAUCGGUGCGGAUAUACCACGAGACUUGUUGGAGCAAGUAUCAAAUGCAAAAAUGUCUGGGUCUGGAAACUUGUGAUGCUGGGUGGCGUAUCACCAAGAGGCCACAAGUGCUGGCUCAGCAUGACAAGUUUCUGAGCUUCUAGGUGUCGCCUAUUCUGCAUGACAAACUGCGUUUCUGCAUGACAGAAAAAUGUGGGUCUUGGACAAGUUUAAGAGUCAUGGGAGACAAGCAUGACAAACUUGCAUUCUUCCAGACCCAGACAUUUUUGGACUUGAUGACAAGAAGUCUUGAACAACAUCGACCCGAUGGGGAGUUACUUCAAAGCCCACCACUAUCAAAUGCAAAAGUGUCUGGGUCUGGAAGCGCCAAACUUGUGAUGCUGCAUUUGGAUGCUAAAAAAAUCUGUAUUGCAUGACCAGCAAGAGGAUUCAAAUUUGGCUACGCAGGAGGGCAUUUGUCAUGCUGGAUGCGCAUAGAUAAGCGCUCGAAAAAUCUGUGAUGCUAUGGCAUACAUCACAGACAUCAUGGAUCAUGGAAAAUGUGCAUGACAAAGUUGUGCUCUUCCAGACCCAUACAUUUUUGCAAUCCAUAACCACAUGCGCGACGCGAUCCGGUCGGCGCGGAUCCGGUCUAUGAAAUGCAAAUAUGUCUGGGUCUGGAACAUUGCAACUUGUGAUGCUGCCUUUGGAUUCUACACAGAAUCUGUAUUGCACCAUCAGCAAAAGAGGCCCAGUUCUUGCGACGCGGAAAGGGCAUUCCUCAUGCAGUAUGGGCAUCAGAAAGCACUCAGAAAAUCUGUCAAGCUAGGGCAUGCAUCGCAAACAGCACGGGUCAUGGAAAAUGUGCAUGACAAACUUUGCAUUCUUCCAGACCAGGACAUAUUUGCACUUGAGACGCUCCUCCGUCUUGCAAGACAUCGCGCGGUGGGACGGGGAGACCGUGCGCGCCGCGCGCUCGAAAAUCCCGACGCAGGGCGAGAAGGUCCACAACGCGGACCUGUAUUUCUCGCUGAUCGAGAAGGCGGGCGGGGUCGAAAACGCCCCGAAGUGGAUGCGGGAGUGGCAGCGGGAGGUGCAGGAAAAAACCGAUUUCGCGAUCGACCCGGGGAGAGCGAGGGAGUAUGUGCUAUUUUAUCCGGACGAGGAUAAAAAUGGGGAGAAUAAAGCGAAGGAAAUGAGCCACGACCUGCAGAAACAGGACGGUGAGCAGGAGAUUCUUGAGAAUAUUGAAACGACAAAGAAUGAUUCUCCGUCGCCGAGCAACAAGAUUCGCGACAACCUUCUGGGCAGUGACGCAGCAGCCGCAGAGCUGUUAGAUUUGACGCCCACGAUCCGGAGUUCCAGCACGGAUUUCAAAACGUCCAAGCUGCAAAAGCCAACAACGCCGACACUCAAUCUCACCAGGCCUUCGAUUGUCCCAGUGAAAACAUCAAAUCAGAAACCGGAAGAAGUUGACAUGCUGUCCCCCAUAGUCGCGGGCUUAGCGGCGAUACGGAAUUCCGUCAAGGACGAGAUGGAUUUUCAGCCCGCGAGCAGAACGGCAACGCCAGUUUUGGUGGAAGUAGAGGGGAGUAGCAGGAACGAGCUCGAGGUGUUGAUGAGGAAAAGACAAGACGCUUCCCCCGGCAUAGACUGGAUCAAGAAGGAACAUAGAGCAGUUCUAGAGAGUACAAACUCUACGCGUAGUACGCCCACGAUCACGGCGAAGAGCAAAACGUUGAAGAAGGACAAGGUAUCAAAACAAGACGGGAAGAAGGACAGCAACCUCAAAGACCUCGGCCAGAUCAUGAACUCGCCGACUCCGUUUCUGGACUCACAAAUUUCCGCUUCUGCAGGAGACGGACAGUCCGCUUUUGACAAGAUGGACGCAAUUAUCGGCGAGUUCAGGUCGGCGGCAAAAAAAAAGAAGGAAACGGUACGGGCAGAGGGAGAAGUAGGAGUGAACCUUACAACAACGCCAACCCGCGGCAGGCCUACUUCUGCCAUCGACGAGUUGCUGAGUAAGACGGAGAAAGUGUUAGCGGCAGCAGCGCAACUCCCACACGGUGCGGAUAAAAAUAGCACAACUCCGCCUAUUAACAUCAAGGCCUCCCCGGUAGAGAAGCGACGGUCGAAGUCGAUUUUGAGUACCUCUAGCAGUAAAAAAAGCAACAGACCAGAUUCCGCUCUCGAUGACGACGCGAGCAGAGGGAUGAAAAAGCGGGUCAGAUUUUACACCGAUCAGGGCUCGAUCUCGCCCACGAAAAGCCCCAAUGCGAAGAAGGAUAGAGGGAGCAAUAAAACAAGUGGGAAGAACAAGGGCACUAGUAGUUCUUCGGUUACCAAGAAAACAAAAAGAAUCAUCGCGGAAACCGUGUCGUCGCUUUUAUUGAAGCAGCAGGAAGCGGAGAAAAAAUCUAAUAUGUCGACUAGGAACAAUAAACAGAGCAAUACUUCUGCGUCUUCUUUCUCGCCACUGAAGAAAAGACAAGCAGUGUUGACCGCGGAUGCAACAACUCUCAGUCGUGAGGUGAAAAAUCUGAAAGAAGCUCCUGCACAAGAACCACCUCCGGACGACCCGUCAUUCCUGUACUACCGCGAGAAGUAUUCCGAUGUUCCGCUCGCAACACAAGUGGAACUUUCCCGCGAGAACGCCCGGAGGAAGUGGAUUGACAAAAUCAAGGAUUUGGAGGAACAAAUUGAAGAGAAAAAUAAGGUCCUUCUGAAAACCAUUCAGCGACCAAACUUAGUCACGCGCUACGGCGGAAUCCCGCUAGAUGACGACCCGCAGUCUGGUAUGACCAUCAACGGACAAAUCCGGUCAACCGAGAUGAACCGGGCACUGGCAAGCAACAUUCGAGAGGUAAUGGACGACAAUCUCCGGGAAUUUCUCCACGACGAAUUGCACCAGAAGAAGAUGCGGGAAUUAGGGGAAAUCGUCUCCGGGUUGAAACGACUCGAAACGGAAGAAACCGUGUCGAAAAUGCGGAAUAUCAUGAAUGAGUUGUGCGAAAUCCGGAAGCAGCCCGAUUUCGGGAACUACUACAAAAACACGAGCCAGUCGUUCGGGUACGAACUGCCGAAUGAAAGACAGAUGCAGGCCAUGCACAGUCGGUUUGUCAGCGAAUACAUGCGGAAGGACGGGCUGGGCAACAUGGAGGUGCAAAGGGAGGCGUCGACAAGUACGGUUUUAAUUUCAGAUAAUCUUUUCGGCGUAGGCGUACGCGUAGGCCGCCACUUUUUGUGAUGCUCUUUCUGCUUGAGCUUGAGUAUGCGUAUGAUUUUUCAACAUCACCUUUCUCACACGAAAUAAACACAACUUUUAUCAGACCUGAAGCACAUGAACGAUCCUGCGCUGAUGGCGAACCAGAUCUCCGGUUCCCCCCUUGCGAACUUCAACCAAAACCAAAUGAACCCCGUGGGCUCCAUGCUGCCGCAAGAUCUCCAGCUCGGUGGCUCCGGUCGCGACCUCUACGGCAUGGGCGGGGGGAUGGGCGGGGCUGUCUAUCAAAAUGAAAAAUCUCCCCUGCCCACAUAAAACCGGAGAUUUGUGUAGCAUGAUUUGUAAUGCGAGAAGGGAAGAGAUCAGGCGUAUUGUAGUGCUGGCUGGCGCAGGAAAGCCUUGCGUCUUCAGCAUGACAGGAAGCAACUGGAAACGGGAAACAGCAUUGCAAAUUGCCUUCAAAAGAUGGAGCAACUGCGUCUCUUGGCCUUUUAGCAAUACAAGUGGAUUUGUGUACUCAAAUACAGCAGCACAGAUUUCGGUUGCGAUAAGGGGAGAGGGAAUUUUUCCUCACAAUACUGUUCCCGGCCUAGGCGGAAACCUCGUCGGCAUGGACCCGGACCGCUACCGCGCGCCCCACUCCGUCGGGAUGGACCUCGGUGUGGCGCCGACUGCGGCCGCGGGCAGAAACGGCGUGUUGUACUACGGGCCGCAGGGCGGCGUUGGGCAACCCGGGGGCAAUCCGGUGUUCUCCCCCGGCCCGAUGGACUACCGGGACCAAAUGGGCUCCGGAAUCGUGCAGCAAAACAUCGUUCCUUUAGCGGAAGGGGUGCCAGUGAACACCGGCGUCGCGCACAACGUCGGGCACAUUGAGGGGAAGUUGGAAAAGUACAAGAACGCCCGGGGCCCGCAACAGCAGAAAAUGUACCAGCCGGGCCCGUACAUGGGGAGAUUGCCGGUCCCGCAAGAUUUAGCCACGGCGAUUUCUAGCCUGCGGCAGUCCUGCUUCGACAUCACCGAGGGAAUGCCCUUUAUCGCCACCGGGGCCAUGGACUUCGCAAGACCGUGGCUCACCGACCAGCUGCACUUCGCCGCGGGGCACGACGCCCACCAAUUGGACAAUCCAGUGGAGCAAAUCAUGCUGCAGAUGCGCUACGACGAGAGCUGUCUGGAACGGAGCACCAUAUUGUGAGAAAAAAUCCCCCGUCCCCAUACCAAAACAGGACACUUCUGAAAAUUUGUGAUGCUGAUUUGAGGCCACAAAUCGCCUCUGUAUUGCAAGAAAGCAAAUCCAAAAACCUGGCCGCGUUCGGCAGGCAAUUUGUAAUGCUGUAUGGCCUAGGGAGGACAUACCUGCCUUGCGUUGCCCCUACACCAAAACGCCCCUUCUACUCCAGCUUUGUAUCUGUGUGCAGUCCACUAGUGCAAGACAAAUCCGAUUUGUGUACGCAAAUCCUGCAUCACAGACUUCCACUUCGAUAUGGGAGGGGGGAUUUUUCAUUUUGAUACACCAUGCAGGAUGUGCUGGAGGACAUGGGGCCGAGUACUUGCUUUGAUUUGUUUUGUUUGAUCGGUUUGUCAGUAGAUUUCUAUUGCUGUAAUGUGCAUGAGAAAGCGUAUUUCUGAUGCAUUUUCUCACUUGACAAAUCAAACAACAGCUACCGCCGAUCCAAAUCGUGUCCGUUUCGGGCCGAACAGCACCGCGAAGAAGGAUUUGAACAAAAGGAUCAUGGCCUCGUUGCAAGCUCUUCGGGACGUUCUUUUCGGCACCUGCAUGUCUGCGAUGGCGGCGGAUGACUACAAAGUAAGUACUUAUGGUGCGAAGAAGGCUUUUGUGGACGAGAAAAUUUUUCGCAUGUCAAGAGCACUUGUUUCUCAAGCUGGAACAAACACCCGCAUGACAAACUAACGUAUCCACAUCAAAAUUUUGUCCAUAAUCAAAACUAUCAGGUUUCCCAGCACAACGCUCCCGCUAUCCAGCAAGAAUUAGAAUCGGUUCUGCAGGACUACGGGCUGUUCUCCGAUUUACGGGAAGCCAUCCACGAGAAGUACCUCGGCCACGGCGCGUGGGACAUGCUGCAAGUCUACCUGCAGAACCAGUCGCCUUCCGCGAGCGUGAAAAGGCAGGACAUCGGAAAGCUCUUGCAAGCCAUGGGGAUUGAUCUUCACUUCCGCAAUCUCUGCGUCACCGCGGUCCACUGCGUCGCGCACCAUUUGUACCGGACGUGUGUCUCUGUCGAGGCGGAACGGGACGCGUCGCAGCGACAGGGGCCGAUUGACAAGGACAUGCCGAUGAUGGCCUACGGGAUCGUGAACAACUUCAUUCUGGACAACUUCCCAAUCUGGAACCGGGCGACGGACCCCGAGUACCAGGCGGCGUUGCAGAUCCCGGGGACCACCGCGCCGAAUUUGACGAUUGACUUACCCGUUUGGACGUCGGACGCGUUGGAACGAGCGGCGCGGACAUUGGCGUACGACGUGAAGAAGCGGGUGCUGUUCUUGUCGAAGAAAGUGCAAGACUUGAAGAACAUGAUGAAGGGCGGCCGGGGGCGGAUGUUGUUCGAGGACCGGCAGGAAUUCAUCGAAUUGAAGUACUGGCAACCGAAGUUGGUCGAGAUCCAGGCGUACACGAGGAUUGUCGGGGAUAUGCGAAACAUGGAACUGAAAGUCGACAAGUACACGCCGAGCAUGGCGACGAUCACGAAGGGCGAAGAGCGGUUGGACGCGAGCCGGGCGCACUUCGACCUGUUGCUCCGGUUACAGUUCUCGCGGCAAUGCAUUGGGAUGAAAAUUGCCAUGUACGGGAACCAGCUGUGGUCUUUUUUGCAGCAGACCCCGCAGGAAAUGGACUGGCACAGCUCGGCGAACCAUUUUGUCAUGGAGAACCGGUAGCGGGGGAAGGGAGGUCUUCCUUGUGGGGAUUUUUUUCGAUGUUCUGGUGUCCAAGCAGCAUUUUGUUUCGUUUGUCGUUUCGAUUGUAAUUGAUUCUAUCAAGCACAUCUUUACCCCAAACUAUGAAGCUUUUGUCUUUUUUCUUGAAGCAGCGCUCGGCAAAAGGAAAAUAGGUGAAUAGACUCGCGUUGCCACCUUAUCUCUACGCAGGUACAUACAAACAAACAGAUUGCGGCGCCGCGUCGUGGGCCAAUAUGAACUUGUGUAGCAAAAGCAAAUCAGAAAAGGCCUGAGCGCUGUCUUUUCUUCACGUUACUUUUUGUCCGUGGUCGGCGAACUUACGUGCUCGUAGAUUGUAGGGCCACGGCUUGUUGGCCGUGAGUUGAUCUGCAGAACUGCAUUGCGUGAAUUGUCUAUACCUGUCCCGCUUUUUUUGAAAGAAAUAAAUGUAGAACCUCAAAAGAUUUUCUCUCAAUCAAUUGCAAUUGUGUCAAAAGUAGCCUUCCAAGAAGGUGUCGAAUCAAAAGCAAAUGCCAUGUGCUGG